AUGGCUGCAGGUGUGAUCCGGCCUCUCUGUGACUUUCGGCUGUCUCUGCCGUCCCACGGACCCUUCCUGCCCUCAGACCCGGAGCCCCCAGACACUUCUGAGGAGGAGGAAGAAGGGGAGGAAGAGGAGGAGGAUGGGGAGGAGGAACUGGAGGUCGAGGGGCCAGAGGGCCACGGCCCAGCCUCCCGGAGCUCAGGCUGGGCCCCAGAAGUGGGCCCUCUGGAUCCAAGCUGCCCGGAGACACCACUGCAGCUGCUUCGGUUCUCUGAGCUCAUCAGCGGCGACAUCCAGCGGUACUUUGGCCGCAAGGACAGAGGGCAGGACGCAGACGCCUGUGACAUCUACACUGACAGCCACCUGGCUGGCAGCUCGGCCAGAGAGCUCCCCUGCGCUGACCUGGUGUACCCAGCCCAGGGUGCUUCCCUAGAAGAUGACGAAGCCACCGAGCCUGGGGUCUGCUCACCCAGGGGCCCCGAGGGGCAGCCACAUGGGCCAGGGAUCGGUGGGGAUGGGGCGCAGCCACUGGGGCCCCUGGCUGAGCUUUUCGAUUACGGGCUGCGACAGUACUCAGGACCCAGGGCACCUGCCAGCCACCGCCUGAGGCUGGAGCGCAAGUAUGGCCACAUCACCCCCAUGACCCAGAGGAAGCUCCCUCCAUCCUUCUGGAAGGAGCCGGCGCCCAGCCCCCUGGGCCUGCUGCACCCUGGCAUGCCUGACUUCAGUGACCUGCUGGCCAGCUGGUCAGCUGAGGCUGGCCCCGAGCUGCUGGGUGGCGGGGCCCAGGCCCUGGAGGGGGUGCAGCUGGCUGAGGCCUAG